CAUUCCGUUACUCUCGAUCUUUUGAAUAUUUCCUUUUUUUUUGAGUUUUGAUCUAUUUUCGGCUGGCUAGACACCCGAUUAGUUCACUUUGUUUAUGAUACCACUUUGUUCACCAUGGCUGUGCGGCACGAUACCACGGUUCUAUUUGAUUUACCUAUACUACACUAUCAUACCCUAAUUUUCCUAUUUUCUUCACAUCUACUUACAACUUACUGUCUCUGUUCGGAGCGCUGGAUGGCUAUCUGUCUAUAUCUACGCCUGUUGUAUAUGGAUCCCCUUCUCUUGUUGUUUUCUUUUGGUCUGGGGAUUGUGGUCAUGAAUGAUGUAUGCUUGCGCACCCUCAGGUUCUUACUUAUACAACCUGUGAUAGUCAUGAUUGUAUAAGAAAUCUAUACUGCAUUACAUGUUAUUGGCAC